CAGAAGGCCUUUGGAUUAAGGGACAACGGUCGACAGGAAGAGAAGUCAAGCUUUACGGAGGAUAAAGGAACUGUUCCUGAGUGCCUUCUUUCUUUUCCUGAAUCUUUGACUGGAGUCAUCAUGCCUCGGGGGCAGAAAAGCAAGCUCCGUUCCCGGGAGAAGCGCCGCCAUGUGCAGAGUGAGAUUUGGAGUGUCCCGGAUGCUCCGGCCACUGCUGCCGCCAUGGCUGAAGAAGGAGAGCCUCUCUCUUCUUCCCCUCCCGUUUGCGAUGUUAAUCCCCACAGCUCCGCAGCCACUUCUGCGGUCUGUACCAAAUCCCAAGGGCCGCGAAAGAGAGGCCCAGCCACCCCCAAUAUUUCUGGAGGUGUUACCCGCACAAAAUCUAAUAGAGGUGCUAAGAGCCAAGGUGGGAAAAGAGCAAGCACUUCUCAGGUGGGGAUCGCCACUGGUAAUUCAUGUGUUAAUCCUCUAGAUCAGAAGGCGCUUUUGUUGGUGCAAUCUAUGCUGCGCAAAUAUAGCAUGAGAGAGCUGAUAACAAAAGAAGGCAUGCUGAGAUAUGUCACUAGAAAGUACAAGAUGCACUUCCGUGAGAUCCUCCAGAAGGCCUCUGACUUCAUGGGGCUAGUUUUUGGGAUCUUUGUGAAGGAAGUUGACCCGAUUAGGCACCACUAUGCCCUUGUCAGCCAGUUGAGUCAAAUCGGUGAGCCAGAAGUGAAUAGCGAUGAUAUAAUGCUGCACAGUGGCCUCCUGAUGAUUAUCCUGUGCGUUAUCUUCCUGAAAGGCAAUGAGGCUUCUGAGGAAGACAUCUGGGAGGUGCUAAACGUGAUAGGCAUCUUUGCUGGAAAGAGCCACUUCAUCCUUGGUGAACCCAAGCAGCUCAUCACCCAAGAUUUGGUGCAGGAAAUGUACCUGGAGUAUAAGCAGGUACCUAACAGUGAUCCUCCACGCUAUGGGUUCCUGUGGGGCCUAAGAGCGCAUACAGAAAUCAGUAAAACGAGAGUUUUUGAGGUUUUCUCCAAGAUUCACAACACAGUGCCCACUGCCUUCCCAGCAUGGUGUGAAAGCGCCUUGGGAGAUGAGGAAGAAAGAAUGCGAGCCAGAUUUACUGAUAUGUUUCCUAUUAGUGUACAAUGUGGAGUUGAUUUCAACAGUUUUUCUGAUAGUAGAAUCUAAGGGAACAAUCACAUUGUGUUUACUAUUCUGUUCUACUUAAGUAACUUAUAGGAUUAUCUUCUGUUGUUUAUGAGUGUUUGCAAAUGUUUUUUUAAAAAUGUUUAAUUAGCUUCUAAAUGUAUGAAUGCUAUUGGUUACAUAUUUAUUAUUAUUAGGUUUAAGAGUUUAAAGUUUGUUACUUAAUAAAGCAAAUAGGGAAGUCUUUCAUGUUAUUUAGUGGUUUGCAACAAAAAAUAUAGCCAUCAAAUAGGCAUUUACUUAGAAAUGUGGAAGAAAUCAACAGUAAAAUAGAAUUGUCAAAGUGAAACAUGACACAUUUUUGUUUUCCCUUAU